CAAGUGAAUGUAUUGGUUUUCUGAGAGUGCAAGACAGUCUCACAAACUUGUACAUUCUCUGUCCGAAGGGAGACUGCCUGUCUGAGUGCCCGAGGCGGCGAAUCAGUUAUACUUUCAUACUCCGUUUCAUAUUGUCGCAGCGCCGGCGACUUUAGCGAAUCAGCGAUAUCAUUUGGUUUAUGAGGUUUGAAUAUUUAAUUAUUAUUUAUUGCGAAAUUCUGUUUAGAUUAAUGCUAUGAGCGACAAAGGAACACACGUAUUUGGAGAAGAAGUGAGGGAAUAUGAAUAACUUGGUGAAGGAUAGAAAGGGACGUAGGAGAAGGAAAUGAAGUUAGCGAAGAAGGAGAAUUUGGGGAUGUAGAAAGAGUGAAAGAAGUGGGUGAUGAGACGAAUUUAUGGCGGAUAAUGAAGUAAGAGAAGGAGAAGAGUUCGUCUACGAAAAUGAAUUUGGAAAAGAUGAAGAAAGUUUUUCUCUGGAAAAUGUCACAUAAACGAUGUCAUCUGGAUAGGCUUAGCGCAUUACCUGAUGCUUUGCUUAUUUGUAUUCUCUCUUUUCUUAGUACUAAGGGAUGCGAUCAUACCAGCACUAAUGCACCGGAUCCCAUCAGUACUAAGAAAGUAGCAAGGACUAGUAUUUUGUCAAAAAGAUGGCAACAUCUCUGGACUAACUUGCUUGAGCUGGAGUUUAAGGAAAAAAGUUGUGAAUGUGAGAAAAUACUCAAGACUGUGAAUAGGGUUCAUCAUACCAUUGGCAUUCACAGAGAAAAUUAUCUGGAAAGAUUAUACGUUGAUUUCCAUUACUAUGAAUCUUUUGCCUCAGAUGUCGAUAGUUGGGUUGGGUAUGUGGUAAUAAACAAAGUUAAAAAUGUCACUUUGCAGCUAAAUCCAAAAGGAGUUUUGUAUAUGCUCCCUCAGAGUAUGUAUUACAGUUCAUUUUUUACAAGUUUGAGUUUGCGAGGAUGGGAUUUGGUUCCUGAAAGAACUGUUGAUUGGAAAUAUUUGACUAGGUUACACCUCAACGAUGUUAAGUUUGAUGAGCAUGUCAUUGAAAAGAUAUUAUCUGGUUGUCCAAUGAUGUAUAGUUUGAUUCUUUGCCAAUGUUAGGGACUCAGUUGUUUGAAGAUCGAUUCUCCAUGUGUUCGUGAGCUUUUGCUUAUAGACCGUGAUGAUGGAUACAGUGAACCUCUUCUGGAAAUCUCUGUACCACAUUUAAAGUCUUUGAUGUGUAUGUCACUAUGUCCUACAAACAAGUGGCGGCUAACAAACAUCUCCUCAGUUGUUCAAGCGGGUAUUGCUUUCAUUGGAUCUGAUUGGGAUGCUGAUUCUGAUGAGGUGAUGAGUAAUUCGGAGGAGCUAUUGGAAGACCUUCUGUAUGUCAAGGACCUUUUGUUCUCACAUAUGUGCAUUGAGGCACUUCUAAAAUGAGUCUCUUUUAUGGAAUAGAGGGAGUUGACGUUGUAGACCACUGACCACCUUUUUUGUAUCUGGGAUAUGCAAUAAUUGGGAUAUGCAAUAUGUUCUAUAAGCUACCCAUCACUUGGGAUGUACUUGAAAGGAGUGAAUUGCAUGACGACCUAGUGCACUUGAAGACGGUUAAUAUUAAGGACUUUGUAGCAGUUCUGAAUCUCACUGGUGAACCACUGCUAACAUUGGUCCAGAUUCUUCAUGACAAGACUACAGUGUUAGAAAAGCUAGAGAUUCAUAUUGAAUACCCUGCACCUUUACGAAAAGAUUUUCCUCAAAGUUUUAUCAAGAGAGCUCAAAAGCUGCUUAAUUACCCUAGAUCCUCUCGUAAAGCUGUUGUCCUCCUUAGUUGAUGAACAUGAGUUGUACUUUUGCAGUUUUGCUGGUGUUGCCCUCGAGAAGCUUUUGAUGUUACAAUCUUAUCUAAUCUCAUCUUAUUAUUGUGU